ACCAUAAAGCCAACCCAGCAAGGGUACAUCGGCAUCGCUUUCAACUCAGCAGAUUGUAUAUUGCGGUGGUUCGAAUCAUAUAUUUAUUACACGCCAAAACUGCACUAGGAAAAGCAGGUCCGGUAAAGAUGGACGCUACGAUAAGUCGCACAGACCAGACACCGGAGAGAUUGCCACAAUCGGCGUUGGGCCAUACGAAAAUGCGCGGCUCGUUAUCGCGCUCGGUUUUAUCACCCGGGAGGCCAAAUCUUAGCUGCGAGCAGCGGAAUCGGGAGUGGAUACGCGCGGGGCGCCGGCGGGAGCAGCACAUGCUCGCCUGCGUACAGCAUUGGAUCAAUGACUCGAAUAGUAUGCAAGUGUGGCAACGUAACGGAAUGUAGUUGUUUACACAUUUCUGAACAGAUAUCACUAAUAUGCAACAGGAAAAUAACAUUAUUUCGGAUUCUGAUUCUGAUAACUCCUUUUCAAAACACAGCAGCAAAGAAUCUCCAACAAAGAAAUGGAUAGGACCUGAUAUUAAAUUGAAUUUAAAAGAUUUAGGUUUAAAUAAGCAGUUAGAUCCAUGGAUCCAAUCUAUACAAAAGAAACCAGUAAUGUCUGAGAUACCUGCUACAAAAGAUAAGUUAGUAGAAAGACAUGAAGAUUUGAAAGAUCUUCAAAUAGAAGUUCUAAACAAGUUUUGCGUUGCGCUUGAGUCGAUCCCGUUACCGGUGUUGGAAAAAUUUCCGAAAUUUGACUUAGACUCUUUUAAGAAGUUACAAGGUUUGCAUCGACAUGUAAAAGCUAAGUUGCGUUUAGUUCAAACAAAAAUAUCACGUUUAGAAAAAGAAAGUGAGGGAAGUGAGUCUCCAAAUGCUUUUACAUCUAUAUUAUCAAAAUCAGGUGGGAUAUCAGCUACAUGUGUGUCUGAGAAUCCUCUGAUAAGUAACUAUGACAAUUUUAAUACAUCAAAUGCUUUGACAACUAAAACUUCAGAAUCUCAUAAAAAGUCAACCAAUGUAAUAGAAUCGUGCACAAAAGAAUGUGAUAGUAGCUUUGAAUUUAUUACAUCAGCAAGUAAAUCUCCUGAAAUUGUGGUUACGACUAAAAAAAGUACCUUCCAACUGAAGAGACCUGUCAAAGCAGUAUUAAGUACUGAUGUUUCUAAAACAAUAGAAGAGAUGUGGGAAAAGGAUCAACAGAUGUCCAGAACAAUGAAUUCUUCAAUAGAUUCUGAACAUGUUUCUAAAGAUACAUUUAAUAGCAAUAUCGGAACUCCAAGUAGCAAUGAAAGAAAUAUAUAUAUGCAAAAUAACAUCGAUGAUAGUUCAGAUAAGUGGAUUAAUAUCAACAAACCUCAUGAUAAUACAGCUGUAAAAGCUGAAACAUUAACACAACAGAUCGCACAAUUCCCACCUCUGGGAGAAGAUUGCAAUAUAAAUAUGGAUGAGGAUUUUCUAGAUUUCUUCGACAUUAAUUAUGAGCAAAAUGGCAAGAAUGAUAAUAAGAAAAAAUCAGAAACCAAUAAAUAUAAGGUAGAAAGUGGAAUAUUUCUCGGUGAUUAUAAAAAUGAUGGUGUUAGUGGAGAAUUUGAUGGUUUAACAUAUCAACAUUCGCAAGAAUUAUUAAAGAUAUUUCGACUAAAGUUUGGAUUAUAUACAUUUAGACCAAAUCAAUUACAAGCUAUCAAUGCAACAUUAGUGGGAUUUGAUUGCUUUGUAUUAAUGCCGACUGGUGGUGGAAAGUCUCUUUGUUAUCAAUUACCUGCACUUUUGAGCACAGGACUAACAGUUGUUAUUUCACCAUUGAAAAGUCUUAUUUUAGACCAAGUUCAGAAGCUUAUCUCACUUGACAUUCCUGCAGCUCAAUUGUCUAGUUCUGUAACAGACAAACAAGCAGAAGCAGUGUAUAGAGAACUUUGCAAAAAAGAACCUGCUCUUAAGAUCUUGUAUGUAACACCAGAAAAAAUAUCUGCCUCACAGAAAUUUUGUAAUACUAUGACUACUUUAUACGAGAGAGAUUUGUUGACGAGAUUUGUCAUCGAUGAAGCACACUGUGUUAGUCAAUGGGGCCAUGACUUUAGACCCGAUUAUAAGAAAUUGAAGUGUCUCAGGAAAAAUUAUCCUAAAGUACCAACAAUGGCUUUAACUGCAACUGCUACACCGCGUGUUAGAACAGAUAUUUUACAUCAACUGGAUAUGACUAAACCAAAGUGGUUUAUGUCGAGUUUCAAUAGACCUAACUUAAGGUACAGCAUAAUUUCAAAGAAAGGAAAGAAUUGCUCUGAUGAGGUUGUAGCUAUGAUAAAGACAAAAUUCAAAAAUGUCUGCGGUAUCGUAUAUUGCUUAUCUCGCAAAGACUGCGAGGAUUAUGCUGCGCAUUUGAAGAAAAAUUGUAUUAAAGCUUUGAGCUAUCAUGCCGGCCUAACAGAUAAUCAGAGAAACAACUGUCAAGGAAAAUGGAUUUUAGAUGAAAUACAUGUAAUAUGUGCGACUAUAGCUUUUGGAAUGGGUAUUGAUAAGCCCAAUGUGCGCUAUGUAAUACACGCUGCUCUGCCAAAAUCAAUAGAAGGCUAUUAUCAAGAAAGUGGCCGCGCUGGUCGUGAUGGCGAGAUUGCAGAUUGCAUUUUAUUUUACAAUUAUGCGGAUAUGCAUCGAAUCAGAAAAAUGAUUGAAAUGGAUAAUUCGAAUCCACAGGUCAUUCGUACACAUAUGGAUAAUUUAUUUAAGAUGGUGGCCUUUUGUGAAAAUACUACAGAUUGUCGUAGAUCAUUACAACUUAAUUAUUUCGGAGAAGUAUUUAAUAGAGAGCAGUGUGCCUCAAGUAAAAUAACUGCGUGCGAUAAUUGUAGAUGCAAGGAUGAGAUUACAAUGUUAGAUGUAACAGAAGAUGCGAAGGAAGUUAUGAAAACUGUACGAAAUAUCAAUAAUAGAAAAAUUUGCAAUCUUACAUUAAUACUUUUAACAGAUAUUUUUAAAGGAUCUGAUCUUAAAAAAAUCAGAGAAUCAGGUCUUAACAAUCAAGCUUUAUAUGGUCGUGGUAAAUCAUGGAAAAGAGGCGAUAUAGAACGACUUUUACAUCAUAUGGUACUUCAGGAAUAUUUACUUGAAAGUAUGUACAUUAAUAAUGAGAUUGCUUGUGCAUAUGUAAAAAUUGGGCCAAAGGCGAGUGAACUUAUGACAAAAAAUGACAUAAAGCUACAAAUCCCUAUAAGAUUGUCGGAUAAAAUUACAAAUGGUGUAGCCACAGUUUCAAAAGCAACAGUUACAAAAGAAGUGGAUGGUAUUAUAAGAGAAUUGCAGGAUCGUUGUUAUACCGAAUUAAUGACUAUAAUAAGAGGGAUCGCUGGUGCACUGGAUGUUUCUGCUUCUUCUAUUAUGAAUAUGGUAGCAAUUAGAGCUAUGAGCCAACGUUUACCAGAUACUGAAGAAGCCAUGUUGCAAAUUCCACAUGUUACAAAGGCUAACUUUGUUAAAUAUGGCAAAGCUCUUUUAGAUAUUACACGAAAAUAUGCAGCAGAAAAGAUUGUAUUGUUAAACAAGGAAAAGGAACAAGAACAGGAAAGUGAUGAUGAUGGAAGUAGUUGGAAUGACAACAAUUCCAACUUCUCUGACAGAAACAGCAGUAAUUCUCGUCGUGGCAAGAAGCGGAGAUUUAGUAGUAACUCCAGAAAUGCUAGUAAAAGAUAUAAACGAGGUGGUUCAAGUACAUUAAGAGGAAGAGGAAGAGGCUCUUCUAGAGGUUCGAAAACAGCAACAAAACAAAAUGCAACUACAAAAAAAAUAGUAGGGCUUGCUAGUUUUAGCCAAACGAAACAUUAUAUUGAAAAUCCUAAUAGAUAUAUAGACAUUGGUUAAUUAUUAUUUCUGAUUUUCAUAUAUUCUCUGUGGAAUUUGAUUGAUAACAUAAUUUAUGUAAAAUAUGAGGAUAAAGGUAUCUCCCCAUAUAGCAUUUUAGUUAUAUCAUAAAAUAAUAAUUCAAUAUUUUUAGUGCCACAUUA